GAGAGGGGCGUGUCUCGUUCCGGGGAGCCAGAGGUGGAGGCCCCGGUGGCGCGGCGGCGGCGCGGGGUCGGAGCAGUCCGCGCCCGUGAGGCUGCUGCACUUUGUCUUUUCCUCGCGCUGUGUAGGGCUCUCCCGGUGGCGCUGCGGGUGGGAGGGCAAGCCGCCGAGCACAGAUUUCCUAAAAGACAGAAAAAUGGAUGACUCAGUAAACCAAUUGCAGCCACUGAAUGAGAAGCAGAUAGCCAAUUCAGAAGGUGGAUACGUAUGGCAAGUCACAGAUAUGAAUCGUCUACACCGGUUCUUAUGCUUUGGUUCUGAAGGCGGGACUUACUAUAUCAAAGAACAGAAGUUGGGCCUUGAAAAUGCUGAAGCUUUAAUCAGAUUGAUCGAAGAUGGCAGAGGGUGUGAAGUGAUACAGGAGAUAAAGUCAUUUAGCCAAGAAGGCAGAACCGCGAAGCAGGAGCCCACGCUCUUCGCGCUGGCCAUUUGCUCCCAGUGUUCCGACUUGAGCACGAAGCAAGCUGCAUUUAAGGCUGUCGCUGAAGUCUGUCGCAUUCCUACGCAUCUCUUCACUUUUAUCCAGUUUAAGAAAGACCUGAAGGAAAGCAUGAAGUGUGGCAUGUGGGGUCGCGCCCUGAGGAAGGCCGUCGCAGACUGGUACAACGGAAAAGGUGGCAUGGCCCUUGCUCUGGCCGUGACAAAAUACAAACAGAGAAACGGCUGGUCUCACAAAGAUCUGCUAAGAUUGUCACACCUUAAACCCUCCAGUGAAGGACUUGCUAUUGUGACUAAAUACAUUACUAAGGGCUGGAAAGAGGUCCAGGAAUUGUAUAAAGACAAAGCACUUUCUGUGGAGACUGAAAAAUUAUUAAAGUAUCUGGAGGCUGUGGAAAAGGUGAAGCGCACAAAAGAUGAACUAGAAGUCAUCCAUCUGAUAGAGGAGCACAGGUUGGUUAGAGAACAUCUUCUGACAAGUCACUUAAAGUCCAGAGAGGUAUGGAAAGCUUUGUUACAAGAAAUGCCUCUUACUGCAUUACUAAGGAACCUAGGAAAGAUGACUGCUAAUUCAGUGCUUGAGCCAGGAAAUUCAGAAGUAUCUUUAGUAUGUGAGAAACUGUGUAAUGAUAAACUGUUAAAAAAGGCUCGCAUACAUCCGUUUCACAUUUUAGUUGCAUUAGAAACAUAUAGAACAGGCCAUGGGCUCAGAGGAAAACUGAAAUGGCGUCCUGAUGAAGAAAUUUUGAAAGCUUUGGAUGCUGCCUUUUACAAAACAUUUAAGACAGUUGAGCCAACUGGGAAGCGUUUCUUGCUGGCUGUUGAUGUCAGUGCGUCUAUGAAUCAGAGAGUUUUGGGUAGUAUCCUCAACGCGAGCACUGUUGCCGCAGCGAUGUGCAUGGUUGUCACGCGAACAGAAAAAGAUUCUCACGUAGUUGCUUUUUCUAAUGAAAUGGUACCAUGUCCAGUAACUACAGAUAUGACUUUACAGCAGGUUUUAAUGGCUAUGAAUCAGAUCCCAGCAGGUGGAACUGAUUGUUCUCUUCCAAUGAUCUGGGCUCAGAAGACAAACACAGCUGCUGACGUCUUCAUUGUGUUCACUGACAAUGAGACCUUUGCUGGGAGUGUCCACCCAGCUGUUGCUCUGAGGCAGUACCGAAAGAAAAUGGAUAUUCCAGCUAAAUUGAUUGUUUGUGGAAUGACAUCAAAUGGCUUCACCAUUGCAGACCCAGAUGACAGAGGCAUGUUGGAUAUGUGUGGCUUUGACACUGGAGCUCUGGAUGUCAUUCGAAACUUCACACUAGAUGUCAUUUAACCAUAAGCACCAGCCUGAUUCAGGUGGCCCAUUGCCAUUAGUGAUCUUGCUGCAGACACACAGCUACUUCCCAGCUCACCUGAAUCCCAGGAAAGAUGCUAAGAUGAUGGCCUAGUAUGUGUGUAAUGGAAAGUUUACCUAACCCCCCUCACUCCCCCCCGCCCACAAAAAAAGGAAGGAAGGAGAAAAUAGAUGAGGCCAAAGUUCUUUCUAUCUGCUAAACCAGCAGCUGGGAAAUAGCUUCAGAAUAUACUGUAGCUCCCUCUAAUAGAGAACUCCUUGUUGAUUGACACUGUAAUUGUCAAACAGCUUAGCUUUGGUAAAUAAUCCCAUUUGUAUUUAGAAGAAGAGCCAAAUUUGUAAGUAGUUCCAUAACAUGUCACUUGUUUGAAAAGUGCUUAAAGUUUUCUUAAAUGUUUCCACUGGGAAAGGACAGCGUUGAUCAUGUCCACGUUCUCUGAGAUGCACUGGACCAUGCCACUGUGAUGGCACACCAAUUCCUGCGCACUCCACACCAAGGGGCUAGAACACACACCAUGGCAGGCGAUCCCGUUGGAGUGGAUUUUUACAGAUUCCUGUAGUUGUUUUCUAAGAUCACGUAAAUAGCUUUCUUAUUCAGUAAACAAAAUACUGUUUUUUAUGUUUUAUUUACUCUUGUAGAAUUGCUACCAUUAACCAGAAACACAGUAGAAGCUCCCGGGAAGGGGGCUCCAAGGUCUGUGUCAGCCGAGGAGGUCUCUGGAUUGUGUCAUUUGUUUUGGUGGAUUUUACUGCUGUGAUUUGACAGUUUCCUCCGAGUCAUAGCAGCACAGCCACACAUGGGCAUACUUUCUUUCCUUAUACUCCUAGGUGAAAACAACAAAGUGUUUCAGCACUUAACUCACCCAUUCAUAAUCUGAAAAUAUGACAGAAUCUCCACUAUAACCUAGUUAGCUUUUUCCCCUACUGUAAAAUAUUGUUCGAAUUUCUUUUAAUUAUUUUUUUAGCCAAUUGUAAAUGAAUUUUAGAUAUUUUCUCAUUGUAAACAUGUCGAUGGCCUUUUCUUUGUUAUUCAUUGUGGCAAGACAUUCUUUUUCGAUAGAGUAAAAAAUAAUAAAUCAAGCUAGUCAGGUUUGAAAGGCCAUUUUUGAGUAGCAUGUUACCACUAACCAAUCUGUAAGAAAAUAUUUUUUUCUAUUUGUGUGUAUUAAACUUUUUUUCAUUAUGCUAAAGUGCAUUAUUUUCUUGAGCAAAUACCCCUUCUUUGUGGGGAGGUUUAACCUGUUUAAAUACCAGUACCUUUACUUAUAAUUACAUCAUGGUUGUCUAAGCUUAUACAAAACUUAAUUUUUAUGUACUCUUUAAAUAGUAACUGUGAAUUUAUGCAGGAUUUUAAUAAAUCCCUUAUCACUUAGGAAAAAAGGCAGACUAGUAAAUAUAAAUUGUAGCCUGUUGCGUGCUUGGGGUUGAACCAGAGGGUGUAUGUUUGCGGGGUUAGGGGACUUCAGUAGCUUUAGAAUUUGUGUAGGCACUCUUCUUUUUCAAGGGAAACUUGGGCUCUAAGACUGACAAGAAAAUGUUCCUUUCAGACUUCUUUGAUAUACAAGCUCUGAUUUGUAGGCUUCAAGGCAAUGUAUAGCAAUUUGUGAAUGUUGUGAUUCACCUGAGGCUUUUUGGUGAGCACAAUUAGUAGCAUCCCCCCGCCCCCCAAAAAUACAUUUCUGAUGUCAUUUUGUUUUUAAUUCUCCGUCAGACAUUGCAUUUAACAUCUUAGUUGUUGUGUUCAGAUUGAAUGUGAAGUUUAAAGAAUUUGAUAGAAUUCUGUCAUAGUUCUGGAACUCUAUUUGCAAAUCCAAAAUCUUAAUUUAAAUAUCAUAAAAUAUUCUAACUUUUUAUUCCUAAUUGAAAUGAAAUGUAGUAUAAAAAUGUAUUUCCUUCAGUUACGGACUUUUCUAGUAGCAUUUUUAGACAGGCAUAUUCAUGAGUUAAUACUAAAUCCAUCAGAGAAGGUUAGAUGUGACCUUUUUGAAGGAUUUAGAUUAGUUGAACAAAAUGGAUUAGAAUAUAAUUUAAGAAGGAAGGAAAAAAAGGAGCCACCACAGAAGGUACCUUUAUUUUCAAAUUUUGGAAUUUUAGAGCUAGAACCUUAGAACUAUAAAAGGUGGGUUUUUUCCCUUUUUUUAAUUUAGGGAGCCAGUGUCUGAGAAGUGUGGCUUUGGAGCACUGGAUCUAGAAAACUUCAUUCCAGUAUUCACAUCCCCACAAAAUGGGAAAACUCUGACUCACAAGAGUAGGGGUGAAAACGGAAUUAUUCAAGACUUAUCUUUUAGGUAUUAGGAAAUAAUGUAUAUACAGGAUUGCUAUAGGAAUAGAAAAAAAAAUUGUAAACAUAUACUUUUGUAGUUCAUAGUAAUCCUCAAGCACAAUUAAUGUCUUAAUAACCCAUGUUGCUAUAUUAUAGUCCUAUAGACAAAUAAACUUUACCUCAUUAUGAAUAAGAUAUACUCAAGCGAUAAAGUAGUUUUAUUUUCUGAAUUACUUUAGGAUUACUAUUACAUUAGUGUUUAGGGAAUUGUUGCUUUUAAAAAAGCUUAAGAAAAAUUAAUAAACUCCUAGAAAAUAUGUAAAUAUUUUCAGGAUAUAGUUGUAAUUAGUAAAACAAAAACUAAUCUUUAAAUUCCUGCCCUUGUCAGUUGAAAUUCUUGAAAAUUCCAUUAAUUAACACUGUCGUAUGUUAUUUAGUAACUAUUUUAUAGGUAUAUUAUUGAGGAAGAUGCUAGCAAGGAGAAUAAUUAGUGUUGCCCUUGCGGAAACACUUGGUUUUCUUAACCUACUGUGUAACUGUAGAGCCCAAUUUCACCUAUGUGUUUCAAUUUUGUUUUUACAAAGUAACAUCUGAUGCUUACAUCAUAGGAAAAUCAUUAUUUUUAAUACCUGUAUAGAAGUGUAAAUUGGGAGCAGGGCUUACAAUACAAAUUAGAACUUGAUAUGUAUUUUGAAAGACAAAAUGUUUUAGGAAAAUUGGCUCAAUAAUUUUUUAAACACUCCUGAGUGGGGAGAAGUGGAAGAAAAAAUGUCAUGGUGAGGGUGAGUAUUAACUGAGAGGUCACUAUUCUCUGAUCAAGAGAAAGAAGGAUAUAUUCUGAGUCCAACACCCUGCCACCCAAGGUGGACCUAGACAAACUCAAUACUCUUAAAACAAGGAGACGCUAUAAGCAAACAUUCGCUUAAUCUUUUAAAAUAAUGGAGAUUACAAAUGAUAGAAUACUAUUUUAUCAGGCUUUUUUUUUUCUCUUUGAGAUUUUGCGAAAACUAUAUAAAAUUAUUCUGGAAAUGUAAGGCAGAAUUCCUGAAUAACUGAGGAUCUGACAGGUGAGAAACAUCUUUAAAAGCACAAUGAAGCUACAUCUAAACCAUAAAGGGAAAUCAUGGUUUCUCUUUAUUGAUCAUUAUCAUGAUCACUUAUUGGGUCAAAUUAAAAAUAAGGUCUGUCUUAAUUUGACCUAAAGAUAUUGUACCCAUAGGUACAAAUUUUUUGGUAAGUGAUAUUUUUAUAGUAAGUAAGCAAAAGUGAAAAAUUCUACUCUUCUGUACCACAGGUUUGGACUGACUUGUUAAGGCAAUAUCCUCUUAGAAAAGUGUCAUAUAGCCUAAAUGUAAACAUGCACAAGGAAGAAUUAGGAAAAAAGAUAAGGUAAGCUACGAGAUUAGUUGCAUUUACAAUUUCUCUAACAUUAGCUAAUCUUAUUUGUUGGAAGACUACUUUUAUACAUCUAUUUUUCUUUUAAAACUUCUGGCAUUUUUGCCUUCUGUUUUCUUUUUUCUAGUCUUGUUUUACCUGGGUAAAGAAUGAUAGGAAAGUCACCUAUACUUAGGUUUGGGAUGAAUCCUACAGAUUGCAUUUUGUUCCGUAUAUUUCUGAUAAGAUUUUUUUCAAAUUAAUCAUGGGCAAUCCUCUUGGAACAAAAUAUUGAUAUAUUCUGUCCCCAAAUCAACUUAUGUUGUACAUCUUUUGUAUUUGAUACUUGCAUAAAUUUUGUGGCCUUUGAGUAAGAUCAGUUAUGCAGCGUUUGUUUGCAAUUACAGACAGAUGUGCCUGACUCAUAAAAAAGCGCUCUCGAUCCUCACAUUUGCAAAAUUAUAAAGACCACUGUCAAAAUCUUUGGUCUACUAAGUACUUCACUGAACUUACACAUGCAUAGCUUGUGGCAUAAACGGUUUUAUACAUAACAUAUAUUCACCCUCAACAUUUUUUUAAAUUUGUGAGCUUUUUAUGUGCUUUUGAAAAAUUACGAAGAUAAUUUUAAAAAUAAUCCUGUGGUAAUGUUUUUCAUGUAAAAAACUAAUAAUAUAGUUAAGUAUACUAUUUGAAUAAAAGUAUAAUAAACACAUUUCCCUAAACCCUGAAAAGACCAAAUUAUAUAGAAAUGGUAGAAACAUAAACUAGAGGAGUUAUGUUAAAAUACCGUAUUCCUGAAAUUAGAGUGGUAAUUUUCAAUGAGAAUGAAUCUUGUAAAUAGAAUGAAAGUGAAAAUACAGAAAAGCUGUUUGUGAACCUAAAGAGAUUUUUUUCUUUGCUUCUGUUCAGCACCGCCAUGCGUCCUAGUAACCUUAUGAACACUCAGUGAUAAUAAAUUUUAAACUGAAAUUAAAAUUUAAAACUUCUAGAGGUUAUUAGAAUCUAUACUUGCAGAAAAGAAAUAGUUAGCUUUGUUGCUGCUGGCUGUGCUUAAUGAAUGCUUGGAUUAUUAAGGGUGGUGACUAAAGUUAAAGGCUUACUAUUUUAUAUAAAUGGCAACUUAAAUUACUUGUUAGGCUUUAUUUGCAAUGUAAACUAUUUAGAAUCCAUACACAGCCACGUUAAAUUUUAAAUAUACAUUUGAUCAAUAGCCAAGAAAAAAUUUUUUGUUGCACUAUCCUAAAUAUGGACUAUUUGGUAUGGUGUGACUAGACAUAACUUUUACAGUGCAUUUGAGUUAUAUUUUCUUCCUUUUGCCAUCUCCUGAUAAUGAUAAAAUUCUCCAAAGGGAUAAUGAUGAAAUUCUUCAAAGGGAUGGCAUAUAUAUAUAUGGUUGGGGGAGAGGUGUUACCUAGUUCUAAAUGUGCAUUUGCUUUGUAUAAAGGUUUUGAUUUUCCAUAACUGACCACUUGAGGAAUAUUUAAAUUACACAGACUAAUGCCUGCCUAGAAUAAAAUUUAAGUAUGCAAGAGCCUUAAAGUGAAAAACAUGAUCUUUUUGACUGCCUUAAAAUACGAGUAGCUCUCCAGCACAGGCAUACCAGUUCCUUUCCAUGGGAUCUGUCAUUAAGUGAUGCCUUAAUAGUGUUAGUGUUUCUGAAGUACAGGACUCAGAGGGUCUGUCAUAGCUUCACUUUUAUGUAAUGAAUGGGACUUUAACUAUUAAGUUUUAAAACUUGAUUGUACAUUUAACAGGGUAAUCUGGGACACCAAUAUGUAAUACAUUCAUGACUGUUAACAUCAGUAAUAUAUUGUGGUAGUUUGAGGGUUUUUUUUAUUGUUUUGUAUAACAAACUAUCCAAGAAGCUGGACUUUAUUGUAACAUCUCCAAGGACCAAGUUGUAUAUUUAAACACUGAAUGAGAAGUACAGUUAUACAGUUCCAAAAUGGUUAAUUUUUUUAAGGGAAUUUUUCAAAACAAAAGAAAAAUAUUUUGUUUUGAGUCUACAAGCAAAUUUCAUUCAAAAGAGUGAAUGUAGUUGUAAAACAUUGCACUGUUGCAAUAAAAAGUAUCCAGGCCAGUGAUUUGUUUCAUUACAUUCACAUUUUUACAUUCACUUUGCCUUUCAAAGCAGGAAUCUUUUAUAAAACUGAAAGAAACCUUUAAAUUGUAAAGCUGGUGCUUAUAAUUUAUAACAAGUGUCAUUUUAAGGGAAAGGACUCUGAAAGGGCAGGGCGGGGGUGGGGUGCCCUAGGUCUGUUGAUAAAUUCAUGGAUGCUUUGUUGAGUCUUCCAAGUUUUCAGUGUAAAUAAAAUACCUAACAAUGUAAUUUUGCUGUUUUCUGAUAGAAAAUGGAAGAAAUACUAAUGUAUUAAAUUUAUUUCAUGAUAAAACGGUUUUCACCCAUACUGUGAAAUCUUGACUUUCCUUUCUUAUCCUUGCAAAAUACCACACUGAAAAAACCGUUUUUAGAUACGGAGUGCAGGUGGGUGCUGUGUGAACUGUUGCUGGUCAGUUGUAUUAUGUAGGAAU